CUACAACUGUGACACAGCGUUCCUGGCCGUUCUCAGAGGCGCCUCUCCGAUUCUUUUCCUCCAUUUCUCUCUACCUUCCAUCUCAAUCAUUCAUAUAUUUUUUUUAAAUUUAUUUAAUAAAAUAAUAUGAAUGGUUGAGAUGGGGAAGUGGAAGGAAAUGGAGAGACGCUUGAGUGACUCGGGAGAUUCUGAAGACUUCGUUGCCGUCCUAGAUACCGGGGUGUUAGUGUGCUACAUGUAUGUCUCUUGAUUUUCUGUGGAUGAGAGAUAUUGCGGGACACCGAGACUUCGAAUCCCCCUUGAAAGGAUUGAAAAUUUGCUUUUGUGGUCGUGAUUCGUGAAAAAGUUCCGGACCGUGUUUGCAUUGCAUGUUAACUCAACAAUCCAUGCGUCCUACAUCCCUUUCUAUUCACAGGUUCCUUUUAUGUUCCAAGUUCAACACUUUUCCAUGCCAAUCUGGGCGUCAAAUUAAUGCGAAACUCAACAAAAAGAACCUUAAGUUCACCUGUGGAAAUGUGAGGAGAUUGAGUUUGGCAGCUGUCAGUAACACAGCUCUUUCUUAUCCUUACGACGAACUUCCUGGGCAACAAAAUGAAGGGGAAAUAAAGGAUAUUGAUUUCUUGCUUCUAAUGGAAGAUCGUGGAAUUCGUGCUAAUUGUCAAACCUAUUUAUGGUUGUUACAAGGGUGUCUCAACUCUGAGUCUCCUAUGGAUUCUUGGAAGCUUCAUGGGAAGAUUUUAAAAUUGGGUUUUUAUGCAGAACCGAGCUUGUGUGAUCGACUUAUGAACGUGUACAUUGCUUUUGAUGAUUUAAAUGGCGCAGUCAAGGUUUUUGAUGAUAUGCCGGCAAGAGCUGUGUCAUGUUGGAACAAAUUGAUUGGAGAAUUUGUCACCAGGAAGUUAAGCAGUCUGGUUCCCGGUCUUUUUCGGUCAAUGAUCGAUGAAAUGGUUAAACCUGAUGAGAAAACGUUUGCAGGGGUUUUGAGGGCAUGUGGUGGUAAUGAUGUUCCUCUCAAGUAUGUGGAGCUACUACAUGCUAGGACUAUAACUCAUGGUUUUGAAACAAGCACUCUGAUAUGUAAUCCUUUGAUUGAAAUUUAUUUCAAAAAUGGCUUAGUGAAUUCUGCCAAGAAAGUCUUUGAUGAUUUACAAAUAAGGGAUAGCGUCUCUUGGUUGGCUAUGAUAUCUGGUUUAUCUCAAAACAGGUUUGAAGAAGAAGCCAUUCUUCUAUACAGCCAGAUGCAUGGUUCAGGAAUCUUCCCAACUCCUUAUACAUUUUCAAGUGUACUAAGUGCUUGUACCAAAAUAGAAUUAUUCAAGUUUGGAGAACAGGUCCAUGGUCUUGCUGUCAAGAUGGGGUUUUCUUCUGAAAUGUAUGUGUGCAAUGCUCUUGUUUCAUUGUAUUCUCGUAAGGGAAAUUUGAUAUCUGCAGAACAGAUUUUUGAAGACAUGUUUCACAGGGAUGGGGUUUCAUAUAACUCACUCAUCUCAGGUCUAGCUCAGCGAGGAUAUGGUGACAGAGCUCUAGACUUGUUUAAAAAGAUGCAUCUUGAUUGCCUAAAACCAGACUGUGUAACAGUUGCCAGUCUUUUGAGUGCAUGUGCAUCAGUUGGGGAUCUUCUCAAAGGGAGACAGCUUCAUUCAUAUGCAAUUAAAGCAGGAAUGUCUUCAGACAUAAUCUUGGAGGGUUCGUUACUUGAUCUUUAUGUAAAAUGCUCGGAUAUAGAAACUGCCCAUGAUUUUUUCUUGACAACAGAAACUGAAAAUGUGGUGCUGUGGAACAUGAUGCUCGUGGCUUAUGGCCAACUUGAAAAUCUAGACGAGUCAUUUGAAAUAUUUAGACAACUACUAAUAAGAGGCAUUGGACCUAAUCAAUUUACUUAUCCAAGUAUUUUAAGAACAUGCACUUCUUUGGGGGCUCUUGAUCUGGGAGAACAAAUUCAUACUCAAGCACUAAAAACUGGCUUUCAGUUUAAUGUGUAUGUCUCCAGUGUGCUUAUUGAUAUGUAUGCCAAACAUGGGAAACUGGAUACUGCUCUCAAAAUCCUGCGAAGACUUAAAGAAGAAGAUUUUGUUUCCUGGACAGCCAUGAUUGCAGGGUAUGCACAAAAUAAUAUGUUCACUAGCGCUCUUAAGCUCUUCAAAGAAAUGCAAGAUCGAGGGAUCCAAUCUGAUAAUAUAGGAUUUGCUAGCGCAAUCAGCGCAUGUGCAGGCAUUCAAGCACUUGAUCUAGGACGGCAGAUUCAUGCUCAAUCAUGCAUCUCUGGUUACUCAGACGAUCUUUCAGUUGGUAAUGCACUUGUUAGUCUUUAUGCCAGGAAUGGGAAAGUACAAGAAGCAUACUUAGCUUUCAAAAAGAUUUUUGAUAAAAAUAAUGUAUCAUGGAACACGUUGAUAUCGGGCUUCACUCAAAGUGAACAUUUUGAGGAAGCACUAAGUCUAUUUGCUCAAAUGCAUAAAGCUGAGCUAGAAAUCAAUUUAUUCACAUUUGGCUCUGCAAUUAGUGCUGCUGCCAAUAUUGCAAAUAUUAAAGUAGGGAUGCAGAUUCAUGCUAUGAUUAAGAAAACUGGCUAUGAUUCAGAAAUUGAGGUUUCUAAUGCUUUGAUCUCAUUAUAUGCAAAAUGCGGUAACAUCAAUGAUGCUAAAAGGCAAUUCGUUGGAAUACCUGAAAAGAAUGAGGUUUCUUGGAAUUCCAUGAUUACAGGAUGCUCUCAACACGGUCUUGGAUUUGAAGCACUUAGCCUUUUUGAGGAUAUGAAACAGCUUGGUGUCAUGCCAAAUCAUGUAACCUUUGUCGGAGUAUUGUCAGCUUGCAGCCAUGUGGGCUUGGUAGAUGAGGGAAUUAGAUACUUCAAAUCAAUGAUUGAAGCACACAGCUUGGUGCCUAAACCUGAACAUUAUGCUUGUGUUGUGGAUCUUCUUGGUCGGGCUCGUCUUUUAAGUCGUGCAAAAAGAUUUAUAGAGGAGAUGCCAAUUCAACCAGAUGCAAUGAUUUGGAGGACCCUUUUAAGUUUUUGCACUAUUCAUAAGAAUAUUGAUAUUGGAGAGUUUGCAGCACGUCAUCUUCUGGAACUGGCACCUGAAGAUUCAGCAACCUAUGUUCUGUUAUCAAAUAUGUAUGCAAUAACUGGGAAAUGGGGUUGCAGGGACCGGACAAGGCAAAUGAUGAAAGAUAGGGGUGUUAAGAAAGAGGCUGGUCGUAGCUGGAUAGAAGUCAAUAACGCAGUUCAUGCAUUUUUUGCUGGCGAUCAGCUUCACCCACUUGUAGACAAGAUUUAUGCUCAUCUCGGGGAUCUUAAUGAGCGGGCAGCUGACAAUGGUUAUGAGCCACGGAGAAAUAGCCUUUUGAGUGAUGCAGAGCGAGAGCAGAAAGACCCAACUCAACUUAUUCACAGUGAGAAACUAGCAAUUGCUUUUGGAUUGCUUAGCUUGUCUGGCUCCGGUCCUGUACGUGUUUUUAAAAAUCUUCGUGUUUGUGGUGAUUGCCACAACUGGAUUAAGCAUGUUUCCAAGAUAUCAGAUCGGGUGAUCAUAGUUAGAGAUGCAUAUCGCUUUCAUCAUUUUGAAGGUGGAGAGUGUUCAUGUCAAGAUUACUGGUAAGCUUGUGGGAGGUUGACAAAGGUGAAUUGAUCAAGACUUUGGUGGACCACAAUUUAUGUGAAUGUGUUGGUCGUCCUCGGUCAUCUAUGCCUAUGGUCAACUGUAUGACAACCAACACAUUCAAUGGCCUGCCUUUGCAUGAGUUUUUUGGGUCCUUAUUAGGUUCCCAAGCCAUCGGCGACUGUUGAUGACAUUUGGUUUACCUUGAGAGCUUCAGUCGGCAAUGGUUGGGCUAGCCACAUGGCAAAUUUUUAGCCAUAAUCAUGUUUGGGUGAUUUUAUUAAUGAUUGGAGAAAGAGUAAAAAUAUAUAGGUGGCAUAUUAAGUGGGAAAGGAGCAAUGUUGUGUUAAAAGAUGAGAUGAGUGAAGAGUUACUUUUUCAUUACAAAUCAAUUGUUGAGAGACUUAUACCCAAACCAUUGAUAUGAAAAUCAAGACAUUUUUUUCAACCAAUAUCAUGAUGAUGUUUGCAUUAAUCUUGACUAUGGAUUUGUGAUCUAAGGAUGAGUAUUCCCUCCUCUCACAUUUCACGUAGGAUCACUCCCAUCACAGAUAUCUUAAUGACCAGGCAGUUGAAAAUGGCUGAAAAUCUGCUUCUUAUACACCUUGGCACCCAAAGUUCGCCACUGUUUGCUCUUCAAGAUCUUAUGCAAGAGACAAGACAGGCAGCGGCUUUCGAAACAUACACAUUCUGUGCUUGCAGGGUGUUUCGAGUUCAACCAUUGAUAUGGCACAAAUAUUGUUUCUCUAUAAGUGCUUUAUGUAGUGUUAGCUUUUAGGUGAAAUGAUUUCUGAAAUGAUUUAUGUGAAGCUCUUUUUCAGGUCUAGCAGUGUUAGCUUUGCAUGAUUGGCAGACAUCUUCAAGAGGGACUUUGGUUGCUUCAUGUGGUUGUGAUCCAAGAAGGGCUUAAACUUCAACCUAUGAUGCUUCAUUUCAGCAGCACCACCCAUGAUAACUUGGUCGUGGAGGCCUACUUUAAGCCAAUUUAUGAUCGUGGAGCUAGUGCUUCAACAGUUAUAACACCAGAGAUUCAAUCUCUAAUAUUGCAAGAUUUACCAUUGGGGAUCUAUAAUCAGUUUGAAACUUCACAGAAUCACAGUGGUAUUUUUGUUGAA